CUCUGUGUCCCUCAGAUACAGGUCUGGUUGUGCUUUGUAGUAAUGUUACCUCCCUUCCUAAUGAUCUAGCACCUGUUCCUGAACAGGUGAAUGCCCUCUGCCUAUCAGGAAGCAUCAAUGUCUUAUAUGAAAGGGCAUUCUCAACCUUUCCAGAACUUCGUUACUUGAGCAUCACCAUAAACAUAUCAGUCAUCUUACCCAGGGCUUUCCUAGGCCUGGGUAAGCUACAGCACCUAUCAAUCCACCACUCAGGAGUGGGCUGCUCUGGAAGCUCCAUCCCCACUGAGGUCUUCCAACAAUUACAUCAGCUGCAAACACUGGAGAUGAAGGGUAUCCCUCUGACACAACAGAGAGGAGUGACGUUUCCAAGUCAUCUGGAAUCACUCUCAGUUUCUCACUGCUGUUGGCAGCCUUUUUCUGAGCUAUUCAGUAUCUUCCCAUUAAAGUCUGUGCCUCGUGUGACUGUGAAUAAUUGUGAAAUGGAGAGGAUUCCCUACUCUUUGUCUUCAAAGGAACAUCGUAAUUGCCUGACUCUUAAUGUCUCACCCUCUUUGCCUCAGAAGGACAGAAUCAAUCCUGAACCUAAAAAUGGAAGUCUGCUUCAGUCCCUCAGACUGAGCCAAUUCCCACUGGCUUUUAGUGAGCUCUUGGCCUUGGAAAUAGAAGAACUCUACUCCCUCUCACUAGAAGAGAUCAGUCCACUGCCUGAGGACCAGACUUUCCCCAUCUGUGUUCUUGCCACUCGUUUCUCCCUCCAUUCACUGUCAUUUUCCUGGAAUUAUUACAAAAGCUUUGUUGGCGAAGAGGUUCCAGCCAUUCUUUGAAGAAUUUGGUGCUUGAGGGGAAUGGACCGGAGCAUGUAGAUUCUUUACUUCUAUAUAAGCUACGACAUCUGUUGUUCUUGGACCUUUCUGAAAACCAUCUGCAUUGGGAUCUUUGUCCAGCAGAGUACAAGAUGAUGAACUUCACUUCCAGACUGCAGGUUCUGGAUUUCUCUGGUAACAAUGGCACCACCUUCCCAGCCUCUGCCUUCUCCUGCCUGCCAUAUUUACAGGAGCUGUCAUUCAAUAGGUGUGGCCUUGAAAAGAUUGAUCCAUUGGCCUUCUCAGGAUUCAACAAUCUCAAGGUUUUAAAUAUGAAGAACAAUAUUAAACAAUUGCAUAUUGAUACGUUCUCUGAUUUGCCCUUUUUGACCUCAUUGGAUUUGCGUGACAACGAUAUUGAAUAUUUUUGCAGAAGUGUCUUUCAGAACUUAACUUUGUUAAGGGUCCUUCAGAUAGGCUCAUAUCAGGAGGUUCAGUACUACUUCAUGGACUUGCCCUCCUUGGAAGUCCUGAAGGUGGUGAAUUCCAACAUGAGGUACAUCUCAGCUGCGUUCUUCCACAGGAAGAGCAACCUCAGGAACCUGGUACUGGAGACAGAGGACUUCCUUGCACUUGACAGUGACAUACAACACCAGAUUGCAGAGGAAGCUUAUCCUCGCUACUUACACUUUUCCAGAGUCACCUUCAGAACUGUAGCAAUAAUGCCAGUUUUCUCUUUUUUUAUAGCUACUUUCUCAUUACUGUCCUUCCUCAUCACACUCCCUCUUCUGAAUGCCACAUGUGGCUCAGACUUUCUUUUUUUGGUCUACAUGCUGAGGGCCUGGUGGAAGGCUAUGUGGGAUGCCAAUAAAGUCUGGAGAUUUGAAUAUGAUGCCUUUGUGUCCUAUAGCAGCCAAGACCAGGAGUGGGUAUUACAGCACCUGGUACCCAACCUGGAACAGAAUGGACCACCGAAGCUUUGUCUGCACAACCGAGACUUUGUGGUGGGUAAGGCCAUUGUGGACAAUAUCAUGGACAGCCUCUACAGCAGCCACAAGACCAUCUGUGUGAUCAGCCAUAAUGCUCUGGAGAGCCACUGAUGCACUCUGGAGAUAAGCCUGGCCACCUACCGGCUUGUAGCUGAGCAAGAAGACACUCUGAUCCUGUUGUUCAAUGAGCCUGUUCCCAGAAGCCAACUCUCAGCAUAUCACCAUCUGGCCAAGCUGGUAAAGAGGAAGACCUACCUAGAUUGGCCCAAGGAGCCAGCUGCUCAGGCUGCCUUUUGGGAUAAGUUGAGGAGCAUUUUGGGUCAGGACAAGGCAAAUGGGCAGGAGAAGAUGUAAGGAAGUGGAAUCAGGGCUUUGGUGGGGCUUCUGUAAUUGACAA